AUGGCGUCUCUCACAAGAACAAGAAAGAAGAUUAAAAAGCCUAGGUCGAGAAAGGGUGGUCAGGAUGUCUCGGUUUUGAUGUCUCUUCCUAAUGAUCUUUUGUUGGAAGUGAUAGCGAAGGUUGCUUCGAAUUCAUUCGACGAUCUAUGCCGCAUUAGGCAAAGUUGCAAGGAGUUCAACAAGGCUGGACAGCACGACUACAUUUUCGAACACGUAUCUAUAGACAAGUUUCCAUUCAUUCCUUUGAGAAGGAAGGAAGAAUUUUCGGAAUUUUUGGGACGUUGUGGAAAAUGUGGCAAUGCGGAGGCCCUGUAUAGACAAGGGGUGGUGCGACUUUUCAACUUGAAGGAAUUCGAUUUUGAAUCGGGAUUUGAGUGUUUGAAGAAAGCUGCAGCUAAAGGUCACAAAGAAGCAAUGUAUGUCUAUGGGGUGUUCUUAGUUUGUGUAGGAGGUGAAGCGAAGCAACAAGGUGUCCAGUGCUUAUCUAGUCUUAAUCGUGAAGAUUUAAGCGAAUCAAGAGAAAGGACAAUGACUUGCAUCCGAAGUAUGUGGGCGAACAAUGUCAUUAUAGGUGCAAUGCUCGCUUACAGUGCUCGUGUUAAAACAUGCAGUCAAUGUGGAAAUGUACAAGAUAAUUUCGUAAGCAAACGAGGCUGGGAUGAUCUUUACGACGAAAGUGAUAACUUAAGUGGGUGUGAUUCAUGCAAAAUGAAUCGAGAAGUAAAUAUAUUUUGUGAUAGAUUACGUGGUUGCACAAAAGUAAAUUUAGUAUAA